GUCAUCCUCAGCACAGACAGAGGGGUAGAGACAGAGAGCCACAGACAGAGGGGUAGAGACAGAGAGCCACAGACAGACAGACAGACACCGGUCAGUGUGUGAGCCCAGAGCGGGUGUGUGGCUGUGAGGUUCUACCUGGACUUCGGAGAUUACCAACACCGAGUGUGUCCGUGUGUGUGUGUGUGUCCGUGUGUGUGUUUUGCUGUCACUACACCAGGAUCACAUCACAUCCACUUCAGAGCGAAACAACACCCCUUAAAGACGCUCGAUGGCUUCCGUGUACGGGAUCGGCAGCAUCCUGACCGACGUGAUGCGCUCGGUCUAUCAGACUGAGGAGAACCAGGCUGGGUGCCCCAACAGCCGAGAACACUGCAGCAACUCAACCCUGCUUUCUACAGACUUACUGGGUACCUCGUCCUGGCUCCAGCUGGACCCUCGGCUGUGGAGCAGACUGCAAGUGCUGGAAUGGCUGGCUUACCACGUGGAGAAGCACAAGUACGAUGCCAAUAACAUCGACUUGAGCUUGUGUGACAUGGACGGAGCCACACUGUGGGGGUUGUCGGGUAACCAGCUGGUGGUGAUCUUUGGCCCAUUGGGAGAGGAGCUGUACCGCAGCUUGCACAGCCUCAACAGAGCCAGUCUGGAUUUGACGAUGGGCGAAGACUUCAAUGACAUUUUCCUGCAAGGUAUCCUCGGAGAAGAGAGUGAUGAGAAGUUGCUGGAUACUGUGAUUACCUGGAAUGAAUUGGUCAACGAGGAGCCGACUGUGGACUGGAAGGCAUUGUCUGAUUUCCAGUUGAGUGACCCCGGCUAUGAAUCCGCACCCACCUCCCCAGACAGUAUCGGCAGCUCCAAUGCAGGUUCUUUGGUCUCCCAGGCUCCUAACUCUCCAGACUCCGGUGGAAGUGAAUCAGACACUGAAACAACAAAUGCCCAAUACAAGUCUUCAAAUGAAGAAUUUCGGAAGAUUUCGCUGAGCAACUGCAAACCGCUGAAGCGAGGCCGAGGGAGACCCCGCAAAGUGACCUGUGAGGAGAGGACAUGUCUGGAGGGCAGGAAGAGCAAACAUUCGCCCCGGGGCACACACCUCUGGGAGUUUAUCCGAGAUAUCCUGCUUCGCCCAGAGACCAACACUGGCCUCUUGAAGUGGGAGGACCGGUCGGAAGGCAUCUUUAAAUUCCUCAAAUCAGAGGCCGUCGCUCAGCUCUGGGGAGAGAAGAAGAAAAACAGCAGCAUGACAUAUGAGAAGCUGAGCCGAGCCAUGAGAUAUUACUACAAGCGGGAGAUCCUCGAGCGAGUGGAUGGGAGGCGUCUGGUCUACAAAUUCGGGAAGAAUUCCAGUGGUUGGAAAUUGGGAGAUCUGCGAGCUUGACCUUGGAAAAGAGAUGCAGAGGUUUGACGCACUUCUGUUUGCCGGCAAACAGGGACAAUAGCUCACCUCAGCCACGAGCCACCUUUACGCACUUGGGUUCAGGUGCUACUCGUGGGCUUUUACUAGUGUGAAACCCGAUGGAUGCGGUAUUUUUGUGUGGUUCUCUUCAGACUCCAGCCUUUUGAGGGCAAAGUGUGCGUGCUGUCAAGGUGGCACGGGAAACAGUAAGCCUAUAUUUUGGCUAACGUAGGUUAUUAAAACCAAUUGAACUGUUUAUUGGGACCAACCGGCAAGCUACAGGCACGGCACAAGCGGGAAGGGUGGCGGGAACGGAAGGAAAGAUGUGGCCUUUAUCUCACUCUCGCUUUGUGCUGGAGCUCAGUGCUGUGUCGGUUUGGCAGUAUGUGCUGUGAUUGUACAGAGGAAAAUGUUGAUAACUUUGCAGGGUGUGUGUUUUUUUUUGGUUUUUUUUUUUUUGCUUAACGCUUAAAAAGUGUAUUUUGUAUAGAGUGCCCUCUGCGGCGGUUCUUGUGUGCGCGGCAUGUAGAUAUGGUAAUGCUUUCAAGGAUCUUAUUAUGAAGAGGGAAAUGAAGCAGCUGGCCUGUGGAGCUGCCCUGAAAACACGAGUUGUAUAUAGAGCCAGAGGUAAAUACCUCGCACGCGGGAGAGAUUUUCUAAGAAAUUUAAGUCACCCCCUAAAAAAAAAACCCCCAUGUAAUUCUGUGUCCGCGUGUCUUUAUACAUUUUUUAUGGAUUAUUAAUAUUUUGCAAAUAAAAACGAAGCCAGAAA